AUGAAGGUCGAAGUUGACUCCUUUUCAGGUUCCAAGAUCUACCCAGGCAGAGGUACCCUCUUCAUCAGAGGCGACUCGAAGAUUUUCAGAUUCCAGUCAUCCAAGUCUUACUCCUUGUUCAAGCAAAGAAAGAACCCUAGAAGAAUCGCUUGGACUGUGCUCUACAGAAAGCACCACAAGAAGGGCAUCACCGAGGAGGUCUCCAAGAAGAGAUCCAGAAAGGCUGUCAAGCACCAAAGAGCCAUUGUCGGUGCUUCGCUGGACUUGAUCAAGGAGAGAAGAUCCUUGAAGCCAGAACAAAGAAAGGCCAAGAGAACCGAGGCCAUCGAGGCCGCCAAGGAGAAGAAGAAGGCCGACAAGGAGAAGAGAAAGGCUGAGAAGGCCAAGCUCGUUGCCUCCGGCGCCAAGAUCUCCAAGCAACAAGCCAAGGGUGCUUUCCAAAAGGUCCACGCCACCUCCCGUUAA